UUUACGUACCAGGAUUCCAUGGCAAUGCUGCAAUGGGAGUGGAUAUACUGCCUUUUUAAAGGUGGGUUCUGGUGAAGGAGACUAGAAUUUGUGAAUCUCAGAAGGAACUUCAAGACCUGUGUACACCAGACUACAAAUAGCUCUUCUGGACAAGAUGAACACCACCAUCGAUGACUCUUCCAUGUUAAGUUUAGAGGGCUUCAUUGUGUCUCCUGAAGCUGCUCACCCUCUUUUUCUGUUAACAUUGGCAGUAUAUCUGGUUAUUUUUAUUGGAAAUGUUACAAUAUUUUCUGUUAUUGUUUUUCAAAAGAAUCUACAUCAGCCAAUGUAUCUCAUGCUAUGUAAUAUAUCUGUUUGUGAUUUGAUUGGAAGCACAGCGGUAAUGCCUAGAUUAAUGGCAGACUUCCUCACAGAGGUUAGAUAUAUCUCAUAUGCAGCUUGUGUCGUUCAGGCUUUCUGCAUUCAUUUCUACACUGCAGCAGCUCAUCUGAUAUUGACUGUAAUGGCUUAUGACAGAUACAUUGCAAUUUGUGACCCAUUAAGAUACAACAGCAUAAUGACAAAUAGUACUUUGGUGAAGCUCUGCUCCCUUGCCUGGGGAGGGGCAUUCGUUGUAAUAAUAAUCCUCUUUGCUCUUACUCUUAGACUUCCGAGAUGCAGAUCACGGAUAACGGAAGCUAACUGUAGCAAUGCAGCUUUAUUUCUUUUAUCCUGUGCCGACACGACUGUAAAUAACAUUUAUGGUUUAUUUAUUACAUUUUUUAUAAGCGGUUUGUCUUUUUUGUUUAUUGUCUGGACGUAUAGUAAAAUACUAAUUACAUGUUUAUAUAAAAGGCAAAGCAGUAGUAAAAGCAAAGCCAUUCAUACAUGUGCUACUCACUUAACUGUCUAUAUUAUUUUUGAAUUUACUAUUUUAUUCACCAUCAUUAUGCAGCGAUUUCAAAAUGUCACCCCAAAUGCACGGAAAAUCACCUGGGUGUUAUUUACGAUCUUUCCACCGUGUGCUAAUCCUAUCAUUUAUGGAAUUUAUACAAAGGAAAUUCGGAAUAAUGUUAUUAAAUGUUUUAAAAAUAGAAUACUACCAAAUCAAUGAUGAUUUUUAAAGUCUAUAUUUAAUUUACUUGAGUACAUCAGUUCAAUGAAUAAUAAAUAUACAUGAACAUGGUUCAUUAAUAUUUCUUAAAGUACAUAUAAUAAAGCAAACAGGGAAGAAAG